UUCAUGAUGGCGACCAAAAAGAAAAAGAUCGUAACUAAAGACGAUCUUCGCCGUUUAAUGAAAGAAAAACAAACAACUAUAAAAGGAACAUCAAAGAGAAUCGACCACCCAUUAGCAAAGUAUAAUGGUUUGGAGCAGCUUGUGUGUGUUUUGUGUAACACAGUGAUUAAAACAGACUUGCUAUGGACCACUCAUCUCCAGACUAGACAGCAUAAAGAGAAAGUUGAAGACCUGAAGAAACAAAAGGAGCGAGCUGAGAGUGUUGGGGUGAAACGGAAGGCAGAAAGUAAUGGUGAUUCAGGCAGUCAGAAAAAAGUUAGAGCUGGUGUCAACAGUAACAAAACAGGCAAAAGCCUGCCAGCAGACUUCUUUGACUCUGAAAAGCUUGGAGGGAAGCCCAGUUCAACAAGCAGAAAACCUCUCCUCGCCCAGUAUGAGUCAGACUCAGAGUCAGAUGGCUCUGAACCCGACAGCAAAGCACAGGCAGAAAAUGCCAAACAAACCUCCGCAGCAGCAAAGCCGUCCUCCUCAGGCCUGCCCGCUGAUUUCUUUGACUCCGGUGUUAUGCCUAGUGCGUCCACAUCAAAGGAACCUGAGGAGCCGGUAAAACCUACAGCCAUGUCUGACAUUCUGCCAGAGGGAUUCUUUGAUGACCCAAAACAAGAUGCUAAGGUCCGUAAGAUUGAGUAUGUGGACAAGAUGGAGGAGGAAUGGGAGCUCUUUCAGCGCAGCAUGAAGGAGGAGACACACGUGUCAGAGGCAAUCAUCGAGGAGGAGGAUGAACAGGUGAACGUGGACCGCAACAUUGACGAGAUAGAUGAACAGAUUCAAUGUUGGAAGGAGGUGAAUGACCUUGAAGUUAAGAAGGAGGAGAUAAUGUCACGAGGUCCACGGGAUUUACGGCCGGAUACGGACAGCGAUGACGAGCUCAAUGAAGAAAUGCUGGAUGAGUUCCUUGACUGGCGAUCCAAGAAAUCAUGGAGAUAGCCCCUAGCAAUAAACCUACACAACAGGAUAUGGCUUGGUCUGAUCAAGGCCAGCUUACACUGGAGGGCUCUACUUUAGGCUCAUUGUGAUAGUUUGCAAGAUAAUGACCAAAAUGUGACAACUACUACUACUACAGCAUAUUACUUGGAAUGUGCUGUAACAGAAAGGUAUCCUACACUAACGAUGCCACAGUCAUGUCUUCAGCUGAGAUAAUUGGUGCAUGUAAAUGAGCCUGUUAAUUGAUUUAUUCUGAAAAUUCUGUAACGGUCAAGAGAUCAGCUUAAGAUAGCAUUAGAUUGGUAUUGUCAGUGGUGUAUGCUUUGAGGUGCAUCAUGCAUGAAUACUGUUUAAUUAACGAUUUAUCACAUUUGUUUGUAUACUCAUGCUGUAUAUAAAUUCGAUGAAGCGCAUUAAAAGUGAUCAAUUGUUGUAUUUACAUUUUGAAUAAUCGAUUCAAUUGGUAAUUUAAUUAGUAAAACCUUUUACAGCUGGUUAUUCACUGUUACAGAAGAGUUACAGUCAUUCUACUGCUGUAUAGAAGAAUAGCCAGUAAUUGUUAAAUCUUCUAUCACUGGUUAUAAAAAUUAGGAAAAUCCAAUCAGCGCCCAGAAUUGAUAUAAAUAAUGAUGUCAUAAACCCUAGUGGGUUAUGGAUUAUGAACGUCAAGUUUUCUCAACAAAGACUAGGAGAAUGCAAAUAAAUUGAAAUGAUCUUGUUAAAUAUUUGUGUCAUGGUUACAUGAUGAACAGUUCUGUUACAUAAAGUGCUUGUUCUUGUUUGAAGUAUUUGGAUAUUUAUCAUUCAGUCAUUUCAGUGUUAUUGAUGUAUAUAUUAUGUAUGAGAAAAUAAAAGCAGUU